AUGGCCUUUAGGGCCAGCAGGCCUGGCUUUGUCACUUUUCGGCUGAUGGAGAUGAAUCUGUUCCUCACCAGGUCUACUCACAAGAUUUUCAGGAUCAAGCGAUUCCUAGCCAAGAAACAAAACAGAAUUGUCCCAAUUCCCCAAUGGAUUUGGAUGAAAACUCGUAAUAAAAUCAAGUACAACUCCAAGAGGAGGCACUGGAGAAGAACCAAGCUGGGUCUAUAA